ACCAGGGCGGGUUGACCCCGACCCGUAAAGAUCAAUGAACUAACGAACGAGUCGAAUGACUUCGUUUGCCGUUGUCUUUUUUCUUUUAUAUUUUUUUUCUGUUGUUUCUGUGACGUUUGCUCUUGUCUUAAAGAUACAAAAGAAAAAAUCAAGUUCUGACUGACCAUUUGGAUCAUCAUCAUUGUCUUCCUCCUCUCAUUUCAAAUUUUCCUCAGACUUAUGAGUGACAUUGCUGGCAAUGGAAAAAUGGAAAAGCAGGAGAUAGAUUCUUCUUCAACUGGGGUCUUAGAGAUACCGGGAGAACCUGCCGUCAUCAUUAAUGGAGUGCCAGAUGUUUGCCCAACUAAUGUUAAUGUUGGUUCCUGUACUACUCUAGCUGUGUCCGAAUCUGAUGGGGGACACAAAGGUUUUGGUGAAUGGUUGGAAGGAAGGGAAGUGCAGAAGUUGUUUGGUGAGCACUACUAUACCGGUGUUGUGACCGAAUAUGACACAGAAGCAGGGUGGUACAGAGUUGUUUAUGAAGAUGGUGACUUUGAAGAUCUUGACUGGAAUGAGUUAGAAGAGGUGCUUAAGCCCUUAGAUAUUAUGGUUCCAUUGAAAACUUUAGCUCUAAAAACAAUCAGGAGAGGGAAGAAAUCUGUUGAUAAAACUGGGGUUAGAGCUCAAACCCAUCUGGCCAAAAGUGUUGCUAGGAAGGGAAAGAAGGCCUUGGUGUUGGUACCUAAAGGUGACUCAAUUAUGCAGCCCAUUAGUUGAUGGAGUUGCCGUUGCUUAUGAAAUGUAAGAAACAAAGGUGGACUUGACACUGGAGUAGAAGAAAACAACUUGCUUCAAGUUGUUAUCUGUACUUAAUUGGGUUUACUUAUAUUGUUGUCGUUUUUCUUAGGCUUUUCUAGUUGGUGUUGCCUUCCCGUUGGGACUUUGAAUGUAAAUUAGUUUUGUUAGUUUUCAAUUCAUCAAAGAAAAUGUACAAAGUAAAUUUACCAUUUUGAAUACCCUGCAUUUUCACUUAAUACCAGUUUUAACUCAUACAUUUGGUAAAAA